GUUGUGGGAUAGUAGGGGUCGGAGUUACGGGACUGGUCAAUGACAACACAGCCCUCUAUUUUUUAUUCCUUCUUCGCGCUCUCUCUCCUCCCCUUCUCUCUCCUUCGCCUGUGACAUUGUUACUUUUUGGCCCCAAAUAUCUUUAUGAUUGAUUUUGGCUGAGUUUCCGUUUUCCUUCUCUUCUUUUGUUACCUUCUUGCAGCGCACGCCUCCUCCCCGGUCUUCAAAACUCUUAUUUUUAGUAAUUUUCCUUUUCUUUCCUCUACUCUUUGAAGUUUGAACCCAAUUUAUUUUGUAGAACUGUACUCGAAACUUCAUUCAAAUUCCAGUUUUGUGCUGGUAACGUCUUCAUGAUUCUUUAGCAUGGACUUUCCUGGCCAUUUGAAUGGUUGGAUGAAGGUUGCCUACGUGGUGUUAGCGUUCUGCUCUGCUUUUGUUUGCGGCGCUAUAAAAGGCUUGCUUGUGGGUCCUAUCGCUGCUCUGUUCCUGAUUAUAGGGAAUGUAAGCGUAAUUUUGGGGCUGUUCCCUGCACAUGUGGCCUGGACGGUUUAUACCCUUCUGAAGAUCAAUAUUUUUGAUGCCGCUAUGAAAGUUGCUAUUUUGUUUGCUUUGCCUGCGUUAUUUGGUUUAUGGUUGGCUCUAGGCAUAGCGGGAAGCGUUCUUGUCGGGGUAGGAUAUGGCUUCUUCACCCCAUGGGUUUCCACUUUCGAGGCCUUCCGACAUGAUCGCGAGUCCAAGAAGUUUUUGCACUCUUUUGUGGACGGUACCUGGGGAACUAUCAAAGGGAGUUGCACCGUAGUUAGAGAUUUUGCAGAUAUGUGUUACCAUUCGUACUCAAGUUACUUGAAGGAAUUACGUGAGUCACCUGCUUCUGACGAGCUUCAAAGGCUAAGGCUAAUUCAUGUUCCUGCCUGUAUCAUCGUGGGAAUAAUGGGGCUAAUUGUUGAGAUUCCUCUUUUUACUGCAAUUGCCCUUGUAAAGAGUCCAUACAUGUUGUUCAAAGGCUGGUUCCGACUGAUUCAGGAUUUAAUUAGUAGAGAAGGCCCAUUUCUUGAAACUGCUUGUAUCCCAAUUGCUGGACUGACCAUACUGAUGUGGCCACUCGCUGUCGUUGCGAGCGUUUUGAUGGCUAUUUUCUCCAGCUUUUUUAUUGGACUUUAUGCAUCUGUUAUUGUAUUUCAGGAGAGAUCCUUUCGUAGAGGUGUAGCCUAUGUGAUUGCAAUGGUUGCUGAGUUCGAUGAAUACACAAACGACUGGCUCUAUCUUCGUGAGGGAACUUUCUUUCCAAAGCCCCGGUACCGAAAGAAAUGGGUUGCGCAUUCAUCAGAGUUUUCUGUAAAAGGUAAUAGUGUAGCUAGUGGCAUGUCAGUUCCCACUACGGAUUCACCUGCAAUGUUUAUGCCAAACUUAACUCCUUCAAGAUCAGUUAGAGAGGCUAUUCAUGAAGUGAAAAUGGUGCAGAUAUGGGACCAUAUGAUGAGGAGUUGUGAGAUGAGAGGCAAGGAAUUGCUGGAUGCAAAUGUACUGACAGAUGUUGACCUUUAUGAGUGGUUGAAGGGCAGGAACAGCAAUGAAGCUGCCAUCGUUGGAGUUGGCUUGCCAUGUUAUUCAUUUCUGCAAACCAUUCUGUCCUCCAUCAAAUCCAACUCAAAUGGCCUAUUGCUAAUAGAUGGUCUAGAGAUAACUCAUUUGAACAGACCCAAGGACAAACUAUUGGAUUGGUUCUUCAAUCCAAUAAUGGUUCUGAAGGAACAGAUUAGCGUCAUAAAAUUGGAGGAGGGUGAAGUUAGAUACUUGGAGAAAGUAGUUCUGUUUGGAAGCAACGCACGACGCAUGGAGGCUUGGGAUAACGGUGGUUUAGUGCUUCAGGAUCCUCUCAGAGCUGCCCAGAUCCAGGGAAUUAGCAGAAGGAUGAUUGGAAUGAUAAAGAGUGUGUCGAGGUUUCCAACUUACAGGAGGAGAUUUCACCAAAUCGUGAAGGCUUUGCUUGUUCAUUAUGUGGAUCGGGACAUAUCUUUACGAUCCGGCAGUUUUAUAGUAUCGAACACCUCAGAUGAAAUGUUUAGGAUAGCCAAGUAUUGGUUUUUUUUUUUUUUUUUCCUUCCCUCCAUUAAUGGAUUGCUGUAUAUAUGCCUUUAGGUCCUCAAGUGCUGUAGAGCCAAUUCCUUUUUCGUAGUUCCUCAUCGUUAUUAUCUCUUUUUGUUCUUUUGGUCAAAGCCGGGGUGUAUUCGCUCUCCCAGGCCUUUUGGUGGUGAAUUGCCAAAUUGAAACCGAGUGGCUUCCAAAAGUACAAACCUGUGUUGGCUAAAAUGCAACGGGACGUACCAAGAAUCAGGUAUGGCAGUGGGAAAAGCAUUCGGUGUCACGUGGCUGGAUGACAUGACAGAGAGGAAAGGUAAGAUUUCACCGGAGCCAUUUAGGCACAAGCCCGUUUUGAAGUUUAGACGCAUCACUUGGGUUUGGGCCUAAAAUAUAUUUGGAUCUGCGAAGACUCUUCUCUCUCUCUUGAUACAACAAAGACUCUUCUCUUUAGAUCUCUUAGGCCCUUCAAGGCUUCAAUGAACAUUUGCCUUUUGUAACCCCCCCCCCCAAAAAAAAAGAGGAAAAAAAACACCUUUGCCUCCUUUUUUUUUUACAGCUUGUUUAGUUACCGGAGGCGCAAAAAUGGAGUUAUUGUGGAGGACGUCAACUUCAAACAGCCAACAUCAUGAUAACAUUUUUUUUCCAAUUUUGUGUGUAUAUGAAGAAAUCAAAUAAAUGGGCAGAUAUCCCUGUCUUCAGUAAAUGCGGAGUGGGUAUGUCCUGUGCAGUAUCAUUGUCACAUGGCAUUCACAUUUAUAAUUCAAA